CCACUCAGCUCAAACAGUACUCAUCUCUCCUCUUCGAGAACCCGAGUCCUUCCAGCUUUUGGAAGGUACCUAUCUCAAACUGAUCCACUUCCAAGCGAUGCCAACCCUAAACUUAACUACCAACAUACCAGUGGACGCCGUCGUGGCCUCCGAUGUGCUCAAGGAUGCCACCAAAAUCCUCGCUAAGACCAUAGGCAAGCCGGAAGCCUAUGUGAUGAUUUUGCUUGAUGGAGGGCAGCCCAUCGCCUUCGCCGGAAGUGAAGAACCAGCGGCCUACGCAGAACUCCUCUCUAUUGGAGGUUUGGGCCCAAGUGUUAAUGGGAAGCUGAGCUCCGCUCUCGCAGAACUUCUUCAAACUAAGCUUUCAAUCGAUGGUUCUAGGUUCUAUAUUAAGUUCUCCGACGUCGAGGGUUACAAUUGUGGGUACAAUGGGUCGACCUUCUAAAGACCUCAGCAUUCAGCUCUUUGUGAAGAAUAAGAUCCCCCGAAGGGAGGCUGAGGGCGGAAAAGCUUAUUGGGUCAUCAAAUUGGUGUUCAAUAUUCUUUAAGGUUCUCUUCUUUCCCUCCUAGCCGUUCAUGUAAUCAAUUUCAGUGUAAUGUUAUUUAAUUGUCUUGCCAUAAUAUGGAACCUGCAAGCUAUAGAUUGAAUUCAGAA